CCACAGCUUCCUGUUUCCUCUCCAGCUGGGAAGGGGGACAGCCUACAGCAGCCUCUGCCUUCUCUGCGCCCCUCUGGAGGCCUGUGGUCAAGCUGCUGGGACUAGACUCAACUCUCGGUGUGUACAACAGCCCUCCUAUAGAUCCAGCUGACUAGUAGCCAACAGGCUGCCAGCCUUGAAGGCUGAGGCCACGGCCCCCACUUCAGGGCUAGUGAGGCCACUGCCCCCACGUCACUGUAAUGGAAACUUCCCGGCUGCUCUGUGUGCAACAGCUCGGGUUCCCGCCCUGUGCAGCGCUCUAAGAGGCAGCCGAACGAACGCAAGACAAGGCAGGUGGGCAAGCACUCGCAGGACACAGGAGCCAGGACCAUGUUCCAGUAAAUGAGGUCUGCAGCUCGACUCUCUCGCUCUAAUUCCCACCCGCGGACAUGCCAUGCAGCCAGAGAGAAUGAGGGGACCACGUGGGGCUCACAGCCUCCCAGGACUGAGAAGGAUGGUGACAGGAAGUGCCCUCCCUCUAUCUUGAGAUCCAGACGGCAAGAAUGUGGAUGCCACAGGGGUGAGCCACAGAGAACUUCAAGGCAUGUGCGGUUCCGAGAGCCCCUGGAAGUGGCUGUCCACUACAUUGCCCACAAGGACACGACAGCUGCCAUCAAGGUCCCCAGCCAGCCAGCUUCCCACCGUGGCUCUCCACUCCAGCCAGCAUCCUGCAGCGGCUCCCUCUUCCUGUGGCUGACUCUGUGCGUUCUGCUUGGAGUGGUGCUGGGCCUGUACUGUGGCCAGGCCAAACGUAUCACAGAAGCCUUGGAAGACCUCUGGGCUCAGCUCCUCAUCCUAAUCUUGCGCCUGUGGCAUAUGGUCCUUGCCUAUUGGCACUGCCUCCUGUAGCUCUGACACGUGGCUAAAUGGCGAUGUCACCUCUGGAGAGCACUAGAGGUGGAUGCUGUUCGGGGUCCCGGAGUUUUGGGGAUUGUUGCAUGCUGGGGGAGCCUAGGCACUAAGGCAAGCCCCAGGACAGAGCUCUGCUAGCUAAUGCUUGACAAACCCAGGAACUCCAAGAGGCUGCUGUAGAGGUUUUAGAGAGAAAAGAGGGAGGCUCUGGCUUGACGCUACAGGUACCUCCUACUCCAGUCAGCACAGGCUGGGAUCUUGGGAUUUUAAGACUGAAUCUGAGAAAGAACUUGACCAUCAUAGCUGGGGAUUCCUAUGUUUCUGCCCAGCCCUCCAUCUUGGGAGCCAUAGCCUGGAUAUCACCAUACAAAGCUCUUUGAGAGUGAGCAUCCCCUGCCUCUGAGGGGCAUGUGGGAAGGCAAGCCUCAAGCUCCUGCUGCUUUGAGGGCUGGGCCCAGCUUUUGCCACACCAUCAGGAGAGUGGGUGCCUCCCUCUGCAGAUCAUGGAGCCCAUGAGCAUCGUGGUCCUUUUCUCUGAGCCCAGGUCUGUCUGAAUUCCUCUAUUUCAGGCCAAGAUCCAUCAGGGGUCACUGUGGCGUGGGAACAGAGUCCAGCUCUGAACACAGUUGCUCUCAGAACAAAAGUGUGGCACCAAGGUCCUACAUCCGGGGUCACACACAAGCCCAAAGGUAUCAGGCCUGCCCACCAGCUGCAGGACCUGUGAGUGUCCUGAACCUCUGUAAACACUGUUCUGUCAGUCCUGUUGAAAGGCAAAGGGAAGCAAGCAUAGCUACAGCUUCAGGACAUCCUGGACCUGCCUGGAGGGGGAGCCCUGAGCACAGCAGGGAGGCCCAGUGGGAAAUCAGGAGGAUCCACCAGGGGGACCCUGCACCACCCUGGAACAAACAAAUGUGCAAGAUUUGGGAGCCAGGGUGAGACUUGGGGUUGUCCUCCUAAGGUACCCCUCUACUUAUGUGGGCAGACAGAGAUCCAGUCAGAGAUCCCAUAUUAAAAUGCCUGCAGCCUCUUCAACCUCAGGAUUAUUACAAAAUGAACAGGACGAGACACUUGUUGAGGAAUUCCUCUGGCUCCAAGCACGUUCAUCUAGGUGCCAGAGCACACCCUUACCCCUCCACCCACUCGCCCCCACAGCCCACAGGCCCCUUGCAGUUUUCAUGCACGAGAAGUCGGGGGACCUACCAUGCCUCCAAGACCACAUCCUCCCUGGCAAGACAUGCCAAGAUUCCCAGAUCACUGAGGUGCAGUCUGCCCCCGUCUGGCCUUCAGGUGCCCUAUAUAGUGGUCUCCAGAUACAAAAUUUGAGAGCACAGUAGCUGAGAACCCAGUGAAGAGAAACCCUUCUUUAGAAAGCUUCUAGAAGUGGUCUAAAAAGGACCAGCCUGGAAAGCCACUCACCAGGACUGGCCAUCAUCAUGGUUACUGUUGCCUGCACCAGUCCAGCUACCCCAUGACUCACUCCAUCUCAUCCUACCCUCGUCAAAGACAGGCUCGUUACUGGCCUGUAUUCCAGAUAUGGAAACAGACACUUAGAAGUGAGAUGACAGACCUCCAGACCACCCUUCCAUCCCUGCUUCUGAUGGUGGAUGCCCUUCAGGAGGGGGAUUUGUCACUCCAUGUUUUACAAUGGAGAGCCAGGUCUUCCCACCUCAUAGCCAGCAUUUGCUGCAAAGGCCACAGAAGAAAGUAUGCCCCGCUCACUCUGUAAGGGCCACAAAACAGUCCCAACUAGGUCUGGGUUUCAAGUUUCUUUGUUUCAUUUUUUUACAGUGCGGGCCCAGCACAGCUCUGCCAAGGGUCUGCCACUGCCACAUCCCCAGUCUUAUUUUGUCUUAGAAUAAAUGUUCAAAGACAUACACAGAGAU